GAACAUUUCAUUUUACAACCCUAGCCGCUCUCUUUCUUUCUCUCUCGAUCUCAGUGAUGGCGAGUCGACGAAUCUUAUCAUCGCUCCUCCGUUCAUCUCAGUCCAGAUCCAAUUCCAAAUCCUCCUUGCUCGGUAGCCGCAGCCCUAGGCUACCAUCACCAGGUCCCGCGCGUCGCCUCGCUCCCCUCCUCGGCCGUGUCGCCGAGUAUUCGACCUCUUCCCCGGCUCCUCCGCCGUCGUCGUCUUCUCCAGCUAAGGAUGAGGCGGCGAAGAAGACGUACGAUUACGGCGGAAAAGGCGCGGUCGGGAAGGUCUGCCAGGUCAUCGGUGCCAUUGUCGAUGUGAGAUUCGAGGAUCAGGAAGGUCUGCCUCCGAUCAUGACGUCUCUCGAGGUGCAGGAUCACCCCACGAGGCUGGUGCUUGAGGUGUCUCAUCAUUUGGGUCAGAAUGUUGUGAGGACUAUUGCUAUGGAUGGUACCGAGGGGCUUGUUCGUGGGAGGCGCGUGCUCAACACUGGCGCUCCGAUCACUGUUCCUGUUGGGAGGGCCACCCUUGGACGUAUCAUGAACGUUCUUGGAGAACCCAUUGACGAGAGAGGCGAAAUUAAGACCGAGCAUUACUUACCCAUCCACAGAGAUGCUCCGGCUUUAGUUGAUCUAGCUACGGGGCAAGAGAUUCUGGCUACUGGAAUUAAGGUUGUUGAUCUGCUUGCUCCUUACCAAAGAGGAGGAAAGAUUGGACUCUUUGGUGGUGCUGGUGUUGGGAAAACUGUGCUCAUUAUGGAGCUGAUUAACAAUGUAGCGAAAGCUCAUGGUGGUUUCUCCGUGUUUGCUGGUGUGGGAGAGCGAACCCGUGAAGGCAAUGACUUGUACCGAGAAAUGAUUGAGAGUGGUGUCAUCAAGCUAGGCGAGAAGCAGUCUGAGAGCAAAUGUGCUCUUGUGUAUGGACAAAUGAACGAGCCCCCGGGUGCCCGUGCCCGUGUUGGACUUACCGGUUUGACUGUUGCUGAGUAUUUCCGUGAUGCCGAAGGCCAAGAUGUGUUGCUCUUCAUUGAUAACAUUUUCCGUUUCACUCAGGCCAACUCUGAAGUGUCUGCUUUGCUCGGACGUAUCCCAUCUGCUGUCGGUUACCAGCCAACUCUGGCAUCUGAUCUUGGUGCUCUUCAAGAGCGAAUCACAACCACCAAGAAAGGUUCCAUCACAUCAGUCCAAGCCAUCUAUGUUCCUGCUGACGAUUUGACAGAUCCUGCUCCAGCCACAACCUUCGCUCACUUGGAUGCCACAACUGUGCUCUCAAGACAGAUUUCUGAGCUUGGUAUCUAUCCUGCUGUGGAUCCUCUGGAUUCAACAUCUCGUAUGCUCUCGCCUCACAUUCUGGGAGAGGAGCACUACAACACAGCUCGUGGUGUGCAAAAAGUGCUACAGAACUACAAGAAUCUGCAAGAUAUUAUUGCCAUUCUCGGAAUGGAUGAGCUAAGUGAAGAUGACAAGCUGACUGUUGCUCGUGCUCGUAAGAUCCAGAGAUUCUUGAGUCAGCCAUUCCAUGUUGCUGAGAUCUUCACGGGUGCCCCCGGAAAAUACGUAGACCUCAAGGAAAACAUCAACAGUUUCCAGGGCUUGCUGGAUGGUAAGUACGAUGAUCUUCCUGAACAAUCAUUCUACAUGGUUGGUGGCAUUGACGAGGUGGUUGCUAAGGCAGAGAAGAUCUCCAAGGAGGCAGCAGCUUAAGAGAGCUUGAUUCACCUCUUCUGGAUGCUUAAUACUUCACAUCUUCAUCUUUUUUUUUGUUGACAAUAACGAAAAGAAAAACAAAGGCAAUGUUUUAGGCUGAGCUGCGGACGCAUUGUGAUUUACAUCAUUGUGAGUGAGAGAUAGUACGAAGAAAAAACAGAUUCAUUCGUUGUAGUUUUUGAUUUGGAAUAAAGGAGACAAAUGUUUUCAAUCUCUCCCCACUUGAAAUGACAAUUUCGUACUGUAA